CCUGCCCACGAUGACGGUCGACGCACGUACCGACGCAGAGGUGACGCUCGACGCGUUAGCGCCGACUCAUGCACUGGUGAAGCAGAGGGAAGUUACGGCAGAAGGCGGCGAUCCACAAGUCCCUCCGCCGGCGGCCUACCCCGAAGGUGUGCCCUCCGAAGACGAAUAUCCCAGGGGACUCGCAUUGCUGUUUAUCCUUCUGGCGCUCGUCCUGUCCAUUGUCAUGGUGGCCGUCGAUCAGACCAUUAUUGCAACGGCCAUCCCCCUGAUUACCGACGAGUUCCACAGCGUGACUCAGAUCGGCUGGUACGGGUCGGCCUUCUUCCUGACGUUUGCCUCGUUUACGGCAUCGUGGGGCAAGCUCUUCAAGUAUUUUCCCUUGCAGUGGACCUUCCUCGUCGCCGUCUUCGUCUUCGAAUUGGGCAGUCUCGUCUGCGCGGUCGCCCCCAGUAGCACGGCCUUGAUCGUCGGACGUGCCCUUGCAGGUUUGGGUGCGGCCGGCAUUGCAUCGGGCGCCUUCAUCCUCAUCGCCUUCCUGGCGCCCCCGGCGAAGCGAUCUCUGUACCUGGGCAUCGCAGGCGCUUCUUACGGGAUCUCGGCGGUCAUCGGACCCUUACUCGGCGGAGCUUUCACGCAGAGACUCAGCUGGAGGUGGUGCUUUUAUAUCAAUCUCCCCUUUGGUGGCCUGGCUGCCGCGACGCUUGUCAUCUUCUUCAAGUUGCCGCCGCAUGCGAAGCCGGUGCCGGCUACGUUCUGCGAGAAGAUGCUUCAGUUGGAUCCGAUUGGCAUUACUCUGGUCAUGGGCGCGGUCGUGUGUUAUAUUCUGGCAUUGCAGUGGGGUGGCCUCACGCGCGCGUGGGAUUCCUCGACCAUCAUUGGCCUCUGGGUGGGAUUCGGGCUGCUUCUGGUCGCCUUUGCUUUUGCUCAAUGGUGGUUGGACGACCGUGCGAUGGUUCCGCCGCGGAUUCUCAGGAGCCGUUACGUUCACCAAGGCAUGCUCUAUGCGGCCGCCAUUGCGGGGUCUUAUUUCCUGACGCUAUACUUCCUUCCCAUCUACUUCCAGGUUAUCGACGACGUCUCCCCGCUUGAGAGUGGAGUACGCAAUCUGCCCUUGAUUGUCGCCCUCACCCUUGCGACUAUCGUGUCGGGCAUCUCGAUCACCAUCACCGGUCGCCCGAUGCCUUUUAUGGCAGUCGGUGGCGCGCUAACGACCAUUGGCGUCGGGCUACUGUACACACUCACAAUUGGCAGUCCAUCCUCUAAGUGGAUCGGAUACCAGGUCCUCACCGGCAUUGGGGUCGGGCUGGGCUUACAAGUGCCCGUCUCUGCGGCGCAAGCGACUCUACCGCCGGACGACAUACCGUCUGGGUCGGCUAUUCUCGUCUUCAUGCAAACCAUCGGUGGCGCCUUUCUCGUCUCCGCCGGAGAAAGCGCCUUCGAAUCCACACUCUUGAAGCAGCUAGGCGCGACCGCUCCAUGGAUCGACCCGCUCCAGGUCAUAAGCACGGGCGCCACGGAUGUGCGGAAAGUGUUUUCCCCAGAUGAUGUGCCUUUUAUUCUUCGCGCAUAUGUGCGUGGUAUCCAGACUGCCUUGAUUGUCGCCAUCGCCGUGGCUGGUACGUGUACUAUUAUUGCUUUUGGGGCCAAGUGGGAAAAAAUGCAAGCGCCGCCGAAGGCUGAGGAGGCUACGGAGGCCGAGGGUACCGAGGAGAGCAUUGAAUCUAUAGAAGCU